AUGUUUCCCGGAGGCGAAGCCGCCGCGGCCCCUCCCCCGCGGCCGCUCGGCGGGGGCCGGCUCGCCGGGCGGGACAGUUUUGCACCCGGGUGGCAGAUGCGACGCGGGCUCCUUCUUCUUGCAGAUUUGCAACCAACAUAAUGCUGAAGCUCCCAACUUGGAACAAGCAUUUCACAGAAUGGCACAAACAGAACCUAAUCUGGACCAUGGUGUAUCAUGGUUCAUCCUUCCGUCAUACUGGGCUAAAAUGGUUGUGGCAUUAAUCUCCUUCCUCUGUUUUGCUAACAGCUAUGAUGGAGAUUUUGUCUUUGAUGACUCUGAAGCCAUCAUCAAUAAUAAGGACCUCAGGGCAGAAACCCCACUUGGUGACCUGUGGCAUCAUGACUUUUGGGGUAGCAAGCUCAGCAGCAAUACCAGUCAUAAGUCAUAUCGACCGCUAACUGUCAUAACUUUCAGAAUUAAUUACCUUUUUGCUGGAGGCUUCUACCCAGUUGGUUUUCAUGUCAUCAAUAUAAUACUGCAUUGUACUAUCUCAGUGUUGAUGGUUGAUGUAUUCUCGAUAUUAUUGGGUGGACUGCAAUUCAGUAAUAAAGGAAGAAGGCUAAACCUGGCUCCAAAGACAUCUCUUCUAGCUGCUUUGCUGUUUGCUGUACAUCCAGUGCACACCGAAUGUGUUGCUGGGAUUGUUGGCAGAGCAGACCUCCUGUGUGCCCUCUUCUUUUUGUUGUCAUUCCUUGGCUACUGUAAAGCAUUUAGAGAAAAUAAGGAAGGACAUAAUUUUUCUAUAUUCUGGGUGUUGGUGAGUGUUAUCCUAGGCGCGAUAGCCAUGCUGUGUAAAGAACAAGGAAUUACAAUACUGGGCUUGAAUGCAGUGUUUGAUGCACUGGUGAUUAACAAGCUAAAUGUUUUGGAGCUUAUUCAAAGGUUACUACAUAAGAACAAGCCAUUGGAGAAUGCUGGGCUGUUAAAGAAGGGGCUGCUUUUCAGGAUAACUCUUCUGAUGUCUGGAGGGGCCAGUAUACUUUAUAUACGGUGGAGGAUUAUGGGCACAGGGCCACCGGCUUUCACUGAAGUAGACAACCCUGCUUCAUUUGCUGACAGUUUAUUUGUGAGAGCUAUAAACUAUAAUUACUACUAUUCGUUGAAUGCAUGGUUGCUGUUGUGUCCCUGGUGGCUGUGUUUUGAUUGGUCAAUGGGCUGCAUACCCCUCAUUAAAUCUGUCAGCGACUGGAGGAUAAUUGCACUUGCAGCACUUUGGUUCUGCCUAAUUGGUCUGAUAUGCCAAGCUCUGUGCUCAGAAGACAGCCAUAAGAGAAGAAUUCUUACACUGGGACUUGGAUUUCUUAUUAUCCCUUUUCUUCCCGCAAGUAAUCUGUUCUUCCGAGUAGGAUUUGUUAUUGCAGAGAGAGUUAUCUACCUCCCCAGUAUUGGAUAUUGUAUUCUGUUUACAUACGGAUUUAGUCUCUUGAGUAAGCAAGCCAAGAAAAAGAAAAUUCUUGCUGUGGCAGUUCUUGGAAUCUUGUUGAUAAAUGUUAUGCGCUGUGCACUCCGCAGCAAUCAGUGGAGGUCAGAAGAACAGCUUUUUAGGAGUGCACUAUCUGUGUGCCCUCUGAAUGCAAAAGUGCACUACAAUGUUGGCAAAAACCUGGCUGACAAAGGAAAUCAAAGUGCUGCAAUCAAAUACUACAGAGAAGCUGUAAGGUUGAAUCCUAAAUAUGUACAUGCCAUGAACAACCUUGGAAAUAUUCUGAAAGAAAGAAAUGAGCUCCAAGAAGCAGAGGAGUUGCUGUCCUUAGCUGUACAAAUACAACCUGAUUUUGCUGCUGCAUGGAUGAAUCUAGGAAUAGUACAGAACAGUUUAAGAAGGUUUGAAGAGGCAGAGCAAAGCUACUGGACAGCAAUUAAACACAGGAAAAAAUAUCCAGAUUGUUACUACAAUUUAGGGCGGUUGUACGCAGAUUUGAAUCGCCAUAUAGAUGCAUUGAAUGCAUGGAGGAAUGCUACAGUUCUGAAACCAGAGCAUAGUUUGGCUUGGAACAAUAUGAUUAUAUUGCUUGAUAACACAGGCAAUCUAGCUCAAGCAGAAGCAGUUGGAAGAGAGGCCCUGGAAUUAAUACCUAAUGAUCAUUCCCUUAUGUUUUCAUUGGCAAAUGUACUGGGGAAAUCACAAAAAUAUAAGUUAUUGUGUUCACUUGGAUUUUUACAGUCCUGUUCAGCUGUGGAGUCAUGACAUAUCCAUAUGAGAAGCGAGGGCCUGUGACAACCCAACACUUGCCUUAGUUUGUGAUAAAUUGCUGUUAAGACACCCCAUCACUGUUUGCAGACUGGCUGGGUUUUUUUCUGUACACUCUGUUUCUUUUCUCUCUCCAUCUGAGACUGUUAUAAAAUAUAUAUUUUAGGUUAGUUUAACAAAGUUCCAAAGUGAUACAAAUUAACGGCCAGGAUGUAUAAGGGAUGAGAUUAUGGAGGAGGUAAUUGCUGAGAUUAUUUUGGUUAGUCGUGACUGUGAAAGAAUGGAGUAUUGUAUAGUUAUUCAUCAAGAAGAGCAUGCAGCAUGACAGAAUAAAGAGCAUUCAUAAUGAUAUAAGUAGAAAAGUUAAGUUGAAAACAAGCUAGAAAACUUUUCCAGGUGUAGGAGAAAUAAUUCUGGUUUAGUGGAUUUAAAAAAUUAAAAGAAGAGGUAGUGCUUUUGAUUGCUAGGUCUGAAAGGUCAUUAUGCUGCAGGGGAGUGUGUUGGAGACAAAGUAGAAAUGACAGUAGGGGAAAUGAAGCUUCCAGGUCAGCAUCCUAAAUAAAGUAAAAGUAGCAGUGGAGCCCAGCAAAGAAAGCAGGGAGCCAGAGAGUGUUCUAGUAGUUCAAUAUGGAGUAGUAGGUUUGCGCAGAGCAAAAACCUUAACUAGUCACUUAAAGUAGAUGAAUUGUAACAGAGAGCAAAUUAAGGGGAUUGAGAAGUAGACUCACUUAGAAAAGGUUAUGAUCUCAGCAGCUGUAUUUUGCAUCACCUUGAAAGAGCAGCCACGGCGGGGGGGAGGGGGCUAAAUGGGAGAAUGCUAAAUGAAAAUUAAAAUGCAUAGAAAAUUCAGGCUUCUUGUCCACCCCCUCACCAUGUAAAAACAGAGAAGUAGAUGACUCGCUAAUAAGAGUGUUUUGAGUGUUUGGAAUGGGAGGGCAGUAGGAGGGAAUGGAGACUAUCGAGGUGAUAGAGGUAAUUUUCAGAAGGCUACCUGGCUAUGUCUGAUGUGUUGUAUAACCUCAGGCAUUUCAUUUACUGGAUUACUUAUUAUGUGUGUAUAUAAAAGUUGUAUUGGCUCUGUUGCCAUAAAGUAAGAUCUGUACUGUGCUUUUUGUUAUCUCUUAUUUUAAAAGACAUUGAGUUGAAAAGUUUAUACUAUGUUAUGAGAGAUCUCUUUCCACUCACCACAGAAUAUUCUCCUUCAGUUUCAAAUAUACUUUGAUUUUCAGCUGAAGAUCGUUUUCCUGAAGAAAAAAAAAAAAAAA